AUGUCAUUCGAAACCUACAUACAGCGCGCAGACAACUACAUCACCAAACAGAUCCACAAGUUCGAGCAACAGAGACGCGGAACCAGAUCGCCGCCGCGUGCAAAUGGAUAUCACCCAAUGCCGGUCCUCCACGGGCAACAGCAAGGCCGGCCGCAGUCUCAAGGUGGCUACCCCGGCAGCCCUGCUCCGCAAGGCGGUGCACCAUCAGUGCCACAGGGUUGGAUACAGGAGUACGACACAAGGAGCCAACGAUGGUACUACAUAGAGAAAGCUACGGGAAGAAGUCAAUGGGAACCACCGUCUUUCGCCCCGCCGCGCGCCGCUACGUUCCAGCCUGACGUUCGCAUGCCCAGUCCAUACGAGCGUUUCACCCGGGAAGACGAGCAAAGUCAGCGAUGGCGCGAGCGAUCCAUUUCCCAGCCACAACGGCCAGGGUCUGGUGUAAGUGGACAUGGGCAGUUCCUCGAUCCGAGACAGAACGAAGGAAGUGGAGGCGGCAGUACAAGCCCAGGUGGCAUGCAUAACCAGUUGCCACCAGGAUCACAUUACGAUAUGAAGACGGGGCAGGUGGUUAGUAGUAUGUUUCCGGAGGGUCAGACUCAUCAGAGCUGGCAACAGGAGAUACAGAGGAUAUGA